UUUACUUUCGAAUAGAGGAACCCAUGAAGCUUCUGAUAUCAUCCUCAUAGGCCUUUGUGUUAUUUCAGUUUAUAAGCAGAUAACACUAGACAUAUAUUAAGCUCAAAUUUAAAAUCUAGCAUUUUAGGAAGCGCGGAAAAAAAAAAACUUAAACCCAAUGAUAAUUCUUGGACUGUAACAGAAUCCAGAACCUCCCAAGAUUCGCAUCCCCUAUAAAACCAAAUCAUAACCGCUUUUUUCUUUCUUCUUCUUCUUCCAUUUUACUCUCAUCGACCUCAAAAAUCACAAAAAUGGCGAACAUCUCGAGUGCUUCUUGUUUCAGAGCCAUCUUUCUCGGAGCUCUUAUCAUCCUCUGUCUUCCUCAUCCUUCGACUGGCGUUCCUUUGGAAGAGUUAGAAAGAGCCAUCGCCGUCCUCCGCGUCAGAGGCCGUGCUCUCUUCGCCAACGCCAUCAUCACCUCCGAUCUCCUCUUCGAUCUACUCUCCGACGAGUCUCUCACUCUCUUCGCCCCCACCGAUUCCAUGCUCUUCGCUCUCGACAUGACUCAUUCUCUUCCCUUCUACGUUUCGACUCUCCGCCUCCACUCCGUACCGCUCCGCCUCUCACUCUCCGAUCUCCGAUCGCUCCCCAACGCCUCCUCUAUCCCGACGCUUCUCCCAUCUCAUCGCCUCCUUCUCACUAAGCUUUCUUCCUCCAACGACUCCAUUUUUCUCGACGGUGUUCAACUUCUCCUCCCUGGUUUGUUCGAUGGUCAACAUAUUGCCGUACACGGUCUCGCCGAUCUUCUUCCCCUCACCGCCCCUUCGUCUCCCAAUCGUCUCGUGGAGGAUUCGGCGGCACUGGCAGAGUCACCGUGGUUUUUAGGUUCAAGAUUUUCACCGGCACCAGAGCCUUACUUCGCCUUUAUGGAUCUUUCACCAGCGGAGUCGCCGACUGUUGAGGAAGUUUCACCAUCGCCGUCGUGGGGAGAAGAUUUCAUCGUAGGCGAUGAAGGAGGUCCGUUAGAUGGGAGGAAUAACGGCUUUUGAUGUACACGUGUCGUGAUCUCUGUAAAACACCUAACACGUGUCCUUGUAAAGUCAAAAGAGUCUUUUCUUCUUUCUUUUUUGGUCAAAAAGAGUCCUUCCUUUUUGAUUGAAAUGUGAAAUGUAAUCUCCGGAAUUUCUUAAUGCAGAUUGAUUCAAA